UGGCCCACAUCAUGUUCCUCCGCUGCUGACGCCCCUGACCUUAUUACACAGAACUUAGACUUUUCUGCUGCUGCAGAAUUACCAGUUUCCUGAACUAGCAAAUACCAGCGGCUUCACAAACUACAGGGAUAAGAAAGGUGCCGAAAUCUUAAGAAGAGGCUGAAGCUUGUGUCUCAACUCUAAAAAGUGAGAAAACUUGGUAUAUUGAGAGAAUGAGAAGUUAGGAGUAGGACGGCGGAGGCUCCAAGUAACAGCUGGUCGUGGUCAGCAGGGUCAUUCCGUGGUGCAGGAUGAACCUUGAAACGAAGCUUUGUUUCCUGUUUGCGGUUUUCAGUGAACAAAGGAUUGCAGCUGCUCAGAGUUUUCUUGUUCCAGACUUGCCGGAACAACUGCUAAACGGACUGAAUGAAUUAUUAUCUGGAAAAUACCUGAAUGGUCUCCUUGACAUACUGCAAUUCCAAAGCUUCAGCAAAUGGACACCGGACUUAGAUACCAAAAUCCUGCUUUAUCUAUCUGCUCAGAAUGCGUCUUCAGUCUGGAAGCUCCAGACAUCAGUAAAAAAGUAUCUUGAGGAUCUUUCUGAGGACCCAGAGUGUCUGCUGUCCGAACUACAGAAGCUGCAUCAUGAAUCAUUUCCGCUGGCGAUGAAUUAUCUGCUUGGUGGGAAGAAAGAGCAUUUUGACAUGGCAGGCGUUGUGGUAGACUUUGAGACCAUGCGGGAAGGUAUAUUUCAGUCUCCCAUAGGAAAUCGUAGCAUAUUCAACACUACUCUCCAGAAAUGCCUUCCAGCCUUGACCUCAGCGGAUUGUGUGAAAAUACUGGGUGAAGUUAUACGUAUGUAUGAAGGGAUGUACCUGCAAACAGAUAUGAUAGCGGGAUUGCCGACUGAGAUAGCAGAUGACCCCUUCAGGAACCUGUCAUCUGUAUUCAGGGAUCUGUAUGAUAAAUUAACAGCCAAUACCCGGAGAGCUCUGUAUGAAUGGAUUACUCAAACUCUGCAAAACUCCUACGCAGCUAAUGAAGUCAACGGAUCCACGUCAUGGGUGACUGCAGAGAGCCUCUGGAUCUUAGGCAAAUUCAUGGUACAUCUCCCACUGGAUGAAAUUAGGAAAAUCAGUGUCAGCGAAAUUCGGAUUUUUAUUAGUUACGAUAAUGCCACAAAGCAGCUUGAUACAGUAUGUGAUAUUACACGAGACCUGGCAAAAGCCUUCCUGGAACUUAUAAAUUCAUCAGGGUUUGAUAUGAGAAAUAUCUCCACUCUGUACAGGCUUGGAUUGCUGGUCUGCUUCUACGAUGAUGUACAAGAUUUUGAUCCUACUAUGGCAAAAGCUUUGUUGCAUCAGAUGAUUAAGUGCAGCCAGCUGCGGGGCUUCCAUGCUGAUGUACAGAAGCUGAAGUCUGAGCUCCUGCAUAUUGCUACUAUAAACCAGACUUUGAAGGAGAGUCUGGGGUCUCUGUCAGAUGCUGUGGUUGGAUUGACCAUAUCCCAGCUGGAAUCAUUAUCACCAGAAGCUGUGCAGGGUGCUAUCCUAACACUUCAGCAAGUCUCAGGGUGGACUAAGAGCCAGAUCAUGAUUUUGACAAGGAAGUUUCUCCAUUCCGAGAAGGUUUUAACAUUUUCCAAUAUAAGUCAACUGGGAGAAUUGGUUUCAGGUGUCAGUGCAAACUCAUUUUAUGAAAUGAAUUCACGUGAGCUGUUGAUGGCUUUGAAAAGUGGACUUUCCCUGCAUUCACCAGGUUUUUCCCCAGCACAGCAAGAAAGCAUCCUAAGUAAGCUGAUGUCUUCUGGAGAAUUUCAGACAGUUCUGUCAGACAUGAGCGGAGUGUUCUUUAAAGAAGUGUCUCUCUCACAACUGUUAGCACAAGGGGACUUGGAUGCCGCAGUCCUAAAGGAGAAAGAGAUGAGACGAAGCCAGGCUCUACUUCUGUUUGAUAUGCUAUAUUCCCAGACAUCAUUGGUGGAUCUUCUGAGUACAGGGCAGUUGGUGAAAGGGAUCACAUGUGAGCAGAUAGACGGCAUGAGUAAACCCACCUUCCUUAACCACUACAAGCUCUUUGAGAAGAACCUUCUGUUACUUUCUCCACAUCAGAUACAUUGUCUGGCGUGGAAAUAUUGGAGGGUUUCCCAAGCAAUCAUCCCACCAUUCCUACUAGCCGUCCUUCCGACAGAAUAUUUUACAUCUCACCCUCCUCCCUGCAAAAUGUUGUUAAUUAGUCUCAGAAAGAUGGAUCUUAACUAUUUGCUGUUACAUGCAAGCAAAAAAGACUUUGUAAUUAACAAAGUGAAUCAGUGCCUGAACAAUUCUAUUGCUGAUGUGUAUCAGCUAGAUAUACUUGGGAAUCUCAUCUGUCACUUGUCCCCAAGCAUCAUACAGAAAGGGAUAUCUCCAAAUGUAAUAGCAGAAGUGCUAAAUCAGUUGAAGACCUGCUCAAAUCUCAGUCAUGAGCAAAACCAAGAAAUUAAAUACAGGAUCCUGGAGCAUUAUGGGAACCCAUUAAACUGGACAUCUGAAACACUGCAGGAUUUGGCACCAUUUUGGUAUCUGCUUUCAAAAGAGAAUAUUGUGAUUGUAAUACAGAAGUUCCAGGAUCUGGUAUCAGAGAUGGUAUCGGAAGCAGCAGGAAUUCCGCACAGUGACGAGAUGCUAUCUGCCCUAUUUGAUGCCUUUCGGCUGCGUAGUACCAGCAGUGCUCUGCCUGACCAAUCAUCAGAGUGUAUAGGCACCACAGUGCCAUCUGCUGGCCUUAUGAUGAUACUGGGUGAAGCCAAUUCCUUCUGGUCCUCCAAGGAGCUGCAGUGCAUGACCCCAGACAUAUUCACCAAAAGUGUUCACGUGCUCAGCAGCCUGAGAAGCUUCAGUCAGCCUCAGCUGGUUGUGUUGAAGGAUAAAGCUAAAAUGGUUUGGGGUCCGGUGUCAGAAUGGAAAUGUUAUCAUAUCACAUCGUUGGGACGGAUUGCCACCGCUCUAAGUGUCAAUGAGCUGGACGAGCUGGACCUGUCCUCUAUAGAUAUGGUUGCUGCACUUACUCAGCAGACAGAAUGGACUGUGCGUCAGGCAAAGUCUAUACUCCAUGGGUUUCUGAAUGAUUCUGCAAUAUCAAUAAAAGACAUGAAGAGCUAUCAGCUGGCUGGACUGGGAGCGUGUAUAUGUAGUGCUAGUCAGGAGCAGGUAGAUCAGAUGGACACAUUGGAGUUCCGCACCAUUAUUUCUAGAAUUGGAUCUCUUCCCUGCAACCUGAACGUUUUGCAAGCCUUUAAGAAAAAAACAGAGAUGAUUUAUGGAAGGCCAGAAACAUGGGGCCAUUUUAUCGUGAAUGAUGUUGGCUACAUUGCAGCUGCUUUGAGUAAAGAAGAUUUCAAGGCACUUGAUCCAAGACUAAUGCCUUAUAUCCAGCCAGCAGCUAUUAAACUUAUACCAGCGGAGACAUUUAAGGAACUGUCUCCAGAGCAGAUUACAAACCUUGGACCUGAAAAUGGAGCUAUGGUUACAGAAUCACAGCGAGUACUGCUGGACACCGUACAGUUGCAGAGCCUCAGUUGGGCACUAGAGGGCAUUAGGACAAACAGUAAAAAAUCUGAACUGUUCACCACACAUACUACGUCCAUAGCUACCCCUUCACCUGUGUCCCAGAGUGCCUCACUGACAGCUGAUUACGGCAUCUUCUGCUUCUGUCUGUCACUUGCUCUAUCUAUGAACAGGUGGUCUGCAGUGCCUUAUACUUCGCCUGUAACAGCUGUCAGCUGAUGAGGACUACCGUCUGUCAUUCCGCAGCACUUCUGGCAGCAGGCAGGGCCGGACUGGCCAUCUAGCCCUUCUAAACAACCGCAGACCAGCCCAAGCAACACUUAAUCUGAGGAAGCAAGGUGGAAACGCCGUCCCAGUGAAACACAUUGACUACGCUGAUCCCCUCUCUAUGUUUAAAAACUUAUAUAUGGCUGCACAAUCAACCUGCAGCCAGCAUCAAACUCAGCUGCAGGACAGUCUUCUGAACUAGCAGCCUUUAAAAGGAGAACUGUCACCAUCAUUUCACUAUCUAAAACCUGACUUUUAUGGGACUUUUAAUAGAAUUUGAUAAAUAUAUAUUUUUAUUUAUAUGUCAACGUAUGCCUUUUACACAGCAUGCUAAACUGCAACUGAUAUUUUUGUUUGAAAUUAUUAUUGUGGAAUAACUGUGUUUGCGCCUUUGGAUUUACUAUUUAUUGACCCAGAAGCAGCACCACAGACAUCCAUACAUUUAUACAACUACCCCACUAAGGAAAGAAGGGGGAAAGUGCACUCCAUACUAAAUUUUCAUAAGUAUCGCCGCCUCCUGGCACUGCUAAGCGAGUGGAGUUUCAGAAAUGUGCAUCAGCGGCAGGAUGUACAUACAUACAUAUAUAUAUAUAGUUACCAGUCCGCCAAAGUGACGGAACAACGUAACAGUAAUGUCAACCCUGGCAGCUGUGUGCACCCGAAUGAAGCAACACUUGUAUUGCUCCAUUGAGCGCCAUCAUCUAUUGGCCGCCAACGCGUAAAUAAAUUCCCCCAUAGAGACGGG